CGCAGUCGUUUUUCGUCUCCGCCGGCAGUUAAAUAGUUUGAUAGUAAUAAUUAUUUACUCGACGGCAAACAGCCACUUAGCCACCGAUCUACCGUCAAUAUUAACAAUACCUACAUGGCUACGUCAAUUUUACAUUUUUUUUCGUAAUUAUUUUGCGGUCUUGCGGACAGAACCCGACAACGUGACCAGCUGGAAGAAAGUCACGUUGGUCGUCUAGUCGCGUCGAUCAUCCAAAGGGUCAUCCUUUGUGACGGCUUUGUCGGGCAUUCCAUCCGUUGUUAACAAGACCACCGCCAGUCUCGUCAUCGUUAGAGGAUUUGACCGGAAAUCCACAAUAUAAAUUAGCAUUGUAAAGCUAUCACAAAAUAAAAAAUGGCCAAUACUAUUUAUGAAGAAUCUCUUUGUGUUGACAAGUCUUUCAUAUCCACUUCAACAUCUUAUAGAUUUAUACAUACAACUAAUUCAAAAUGUUAUAAUGAUUCAUCUUUGAUGCCGACUUUUUGUAAUCAUUCAUCAACAGAUCUUGGUGUUCGUAAACUUUCUUCGACCAUUCAUAAUUUAGACUAUGGUGUUUUUAAACUAAAAAACAGGUCGAAUGUAAAAGAUCCAGUUCCUAUUUGUGCCCCACUUUUAUCUUUAAAUCAAGAAUCUUCAACAAAAUUGAGUAUAAUUUCGUGUUUUCGAAUGCAAAUGAAUCAAUCAAAUACAUAUUCUAAAUUCAAUUUUAAAUUUUCAAAAAGUAAAAAUCUUAAUUUGUAUAAAAGUAUUCACCGUAAACGUCUUAAUUUAGAAGGUCAGAAAAAAGUAGAUUUUAUGUAUUAUUUAUCUAAACGUUAUAAUUUUGUCCCUGUAACCGAAAAAAUAUUUUCAUUUAUGAACGGAAAAGACAUUUUGGCAAUGUCUAUGGUAUCUAAAGCUUGGAAUAGUGCAGUAAAAUAUUCACCAUCUGCUAAAAGAAAAAAGAAAUUGUUUGUAACAUACAUGCGAUCAGAAAAAGAAAAUCAUGGACAUGUUGAACGAAGACGACUCUGUUUACAGAAUCGAAGAGUCUUUGGUGAUAUUACUAAUAUCAUUAGUUUUCCAUUAAAAUAAAAUGGAAAGUAUUGUUAAAUCAGUAUUUCAAUAAGGUUCCUCACAAGUUGUCACAGUAACCACAUGAACAAUUGUCAUUAGUAUGUAAUUCUUUCUAUUACCAAAAUUUUUUUUUAGUACUCAAAAUAUGCACUUAAAUUCUUUGUUUAAAAUGUAUCAUUAUAUGCUAA